UGUGUUGGACGUCUCUUAUCGCCUGGGUUGCCUUCGUGGUAGAGUCACCCCCCUUCGCACCUUCCGAAUAGUGGCGGCAGUCGACUGGCGGUCAGCAGACGCUCGCUUCCCUCGGCGGCACUUGCGGUGAUCCGACACUGAUCCACUCCGGGUUUCUCGAAGACGAGGGCCUUCGGUCUCGUUCGACAGAACUCGAUCACACUCGUCCUCGAGAAGCCUCUGCUUAAACCCUAACCCUUCCCUCGCGCCUCUCUCUCCAUCUCCUUGUUCGACGGUCUCUAUCUCCGGUGAGUGCGACGUUGGUCCGCGACGCAAAUGCCCGUUUUCUUGGAUUGAUUUUGGGUAUGUUUUCUUGCUUGCUUACGGAAGAAGUCAUCCUUCUUGGGCAUCUUUCUUGGUUUCGCGACUCGAUCGGCCGUCGCCAUCGAUGUAAAGGAUGGGGGCAGGACGUAAGACGCAGGCGAUCCUCGUGCCGGAGCCGUCGCCGGCCAGGAACUUGCUCAAGAAGGAUUUGGGAGGAACGAUCUUUGGCUGCAAGGACGCGACGAUGAAGGAGUGCCUUAAAAAGCAAUUGUUCGGCUUGCCCUCUACUCACUUCUCGUAUGUGAGGAACAUCGAACCAGGUCUGCCUCUUUUUCUGUUUAGUUACACCAACAGGACAAUGUAUGGCAUUUUUGAGGCUGCAUGUCAUGGUCAGAUGAACAUUGAUCCGUAUGCUUGGACGGAAAACGGGGCACAGAGAACACCCUUUCCUGCACAGGUUCGUGUGUAUACAAAGACGCCUUGUCAACCUCUUUCAGAGAAACAAUUUAAGAGUGUAAUUGAGGACAAUUAUUAUGCGCAAAAACAUUUCUGGUUCGAACUGGAUCAUGCACAAGCAAAAGGCUUAAUGCUUUUAUUCAAACCGGCAUCAGUUCCUGUCAGUAUUAAGCAAGCCCCCUUUCCUUCAAAUAAAUCCAUCUAUUGCGCACCACUAUGUGGUGCCGAACGGAAGGCAAUGAACAGUCAGGAGAAUCAAGACAUCGUUGUUGCUGAAGGAGAGUCGAAAUACUCUACUGAGCGUAGGAACGUGAAUAAGUUUGAGUCACUUGACGGGGGUGAUGAAGAUAAACUUGGUAGCUCAAGCAACACAUCAUCCAGUGUUCAUGAUGAGGAGACUAAGGAACAAGUCAUGGAAUGGGGGGAUUACAAUGACAACAUCCAGGGGAAUCAUUCAAUGCUUAACCCUCAAUUGAAUAGAGAGAACAUCAAGUUGUUGGAACGACACUCUACUGUCAAGGAAUCAGAGGCUGAUAUGAAGGAAGUGCUGCAUAAGCUUAAGGAACUUUCAGUUGAGCGUACAGCUUCAAGUUCAUCAAAGGAUUGUAGAAAUGAUAAUUUUACUCCAUGCAUAUCUCAGGAUGUGCGCAAAGAGGAUACCUUCAUAUCACCUGAAGCGGAGAAUAGAACCAUAUCUGAACUGCAGGAAAAUUCCAAGUUGGUGCAAGUCAUCAAAGCAUUGACAGAAAGGACUGAAGCAUUGGAGAAAAAGCAGGCUGAAUCAGAUAAAGAGUUGCAACAACUGAGAGAUGUAGUCGAGAAGUCAGGGAGGACGGUUCAAGGAUUGCGGGAUCAAGUUAAAGAACUAGAGUCUAAACUUAAUUCCUCUAUGUCUCUUGGUGAAACAUGUAUCGAUCAGUAUGGAGAACCUGGAAAAGUUAUUUACCUCUUGGGUGGUUAUGAUGGUACUUCUUGGUUAUCAGCAUUUGAUGCAUUUUCACCUUCUGAGGACAAACUAAUGCCUCUUAAGCCGAUGAGUUCUCCUCGUUCAUAUGCUGGUGUUGCGGCAUUAGAUGACAACAUAUAUGUUUUUGGCGGCGGUGAUGGCAAUUCUUGGUAUACUUCAGUCGAGUGCUACAAUCAGAGGGAAAAUAAGUGGGCGCUGUGCCCUAACUUGAAUCAUCCAAAAGGGAGCCUUGCUGGAGCUACUUUGAACAGCAAGAUAUAUGCUAUUGGUGGAGGAGAUGGAGUUAAGUGUCUUUCGGAUGUUGAGAUGUAUGAUCCAAUCCUUGGAAAGUGGAUAAACAGUCAGUUGAUGUUUGAUAAGCGAUUUGCUACUGCUGCAGUUGAACAUGAUGGAGUCCUGUAUGCUGUGGGUGGAUAUAAUGGCGAUGGUUACCUGAUGUCAGCUGAAAGAUACGAUCCACGAGAAGCUUAUUGGACCAGGCUCCCAAGCAUGAAUGCCAGAAGGGGAUGCCACUCAUUAGCGGUUCUGAACGGUAAAAUUUAUGCGAUGGGAGGAUAUGAUGGUGAAGAAAUGGUUGCAAGUGUUGAAAUUUUUGAUCCUCGUCUGGGUUCGUGGAUGAUCGGUGAGCCAAUGAAUUUCGCAAGAGGAUACGCUGCUGCCUCAGUGCUGGGCGAUACACUGUUUGUUAUUGGUGGGCUCAAAAGCGGGGAACACAUUUGGGACACCGUGGAGUGUUAUAGGGAGGGAAGCGGAUGGAGCAUUUCCAGCUCCAAGACAAUCGGGAAGAGGUGCUUUCUCUCAGCCGUUGCUCUAUAAGCAUCAUCAUCCUACUUUCUUCUUCCGAUGAUGACGAGGAAGAGGAAGGACGAUGCGGAGCCUUUUUGAGAUCAUCCUCCCGUUGCUCUAUAAGCAUCAUCGUCCUACUUUCUUCUUCCGAUGAUGACGAUGAAGAGGGAGGACGAUGCGGAGCCAUUUUGAGAUCAUCCUCCCGUUGUAUAUGAAAUUGAUGGACGACGAGGAUGCAGUCUUUUCUUUUUUUUCUUUUUCCUUCUUUCUUGGACUUGGGAUAUGAAAUUGAUCAUGAUUGAAAUCAGAAUAGUGAAAAUUUCUCGACA